UGACAUCGUCAACUUGGGAUCUCGCACUCUUCACCACCUCUCGCCCACCAUGAUUAACCGCCUUGGGCAGAGGAUCAAGGAAAACUUCCACGAAACGACUCGGGACCUCUCCCUCCUCGCGGGUGGGAGCGGUUCCGGAGCGGCUGGCUACUUCGACGUCAGCGAGGACAAAGUAGUCGAGGUCUCCAAGCUGCUCGAGAGCCGCGCUGAGAGUGAGCGUCUCGAGGGCAUGAAGCGCAUCAUUGCUGCCAUGUCCAAGGGGCGCAACAUGGAAGCCUUCUUCGCCCAGGUUGUCAAGCAGGUCGUCGCGAGCUCGAUCGAAAUCCGCAAGCUUGUCUACAUCUACCUCUUGCGCUAUGCGGCGACAAAUUCGGACCUGCUGUUGCUCUCCAUAAACACAUUUCAGAAGGAUUUGAGCGACCCGUCUCCGCUCAUUCGGUCCAUGUCAUUGCGCGUGCUCACGUCCAUGCGUCUGCCCGUCAUCCAAGGCAUCGUUACCCUAGGGCUCAAGAAGCUCGUGAACGACCGGAAUCCAUGGGUGCGCAAGACGGUUGCGGGCGGCCUCGCUAAGGUCUACGAAAUGGACGCCAGCACGCAGCCCGAGCUCCUUCCUUUGCUGCAAACGCUUCUCGCCUCACCGUCACCGCUCACGCUCGGCGCGACUUUGACGGCCUUCACUGAGAUCUGCCCAGACCGCUUGGAUCUUCUGCACCCAUACUACCGGCACAUCUGCCGGUUGCUGGGCGAUGCAGACGAGUGGGGACAAGUCGUGGCACUGGAUGUGUUGAUGCGGUACGCGCGCACGAUGCUCGAGAAGCCGGAAGCGAGCGGGCAGGCGAACGGAAAGGAGUCGGACGACGAGUUCGCUGGUCUCGACAUCGAUCUUGCGAUGCUGCUCGACCUCAGCAAACCGCUGCUGCGGAGUCGCAAUGGCGCUGUUGUUAUCGCCGCCGCAAAGAUGUACUACAACCUCGCGCCGCCUGGGCACUCGUCUGUCGGCCAAGAGAUCAUUGUCGCGCCACUCCUCCGCCUUGCGGGGACCAGUGGUGCAGACACGGUCAGCGGGACCGAGAUCUCAGUCGUGACUUGGGACGUCAUCGCCAGCAUGGCUGAAGAGCGUCCGUGGCUCUUCACCAGCCGCUUCGGCCACUUCUUCCUGCAUACAGCUGACCCUGGGCCAGUCAUGUCCGCCAAGCUUAGGGCUAUGGUUUCAAUGGUCGGUGAGGAGAACGCAACGACCGCUAUUCGCGAGUUUAAGCAAUACACCGCGCUGCCCGCCGACGGCGUGGCCGAAGAAGCCGUGCGUGCGAUCGGACACUGCGUGAGAUCGCAGCCAGCGGUCGCCGAGACGGGGCUGCGUUCUCUCAUGCGCCUACUGAAAAGCACGAGAAGCGCCCUCGUUGCGCAGGCGGUUAUCGUAUUAAAGGGUGUGAUACUGCAGGGCAUAACGUCGCCAGAACGACUCGUCGCGCGCCUCGCUCGCCAGCUCGACAACAUCACCAAUGCCUCGGCUCGCGCGAGCGUGUUCUGGCUCGUGGGGCAGUACGCGGCUGAUGACGGGUCAGACAACACUCUGGGGCUGAAGUGGGACGGCGUGGCACCUUGGGUACCAGACAUACUGCGCAAAGGUUUCAAGGGGUUCACGGGCGAGGAAGCGCCGGCGAAGCUGCAAAUUCUGACGCUCGCGGCCAAAUUGAUCGUGCUCUCACCCAACGCACCUAAGCUCGACCUCUUCUGCCAGUACCUCUUCACCCUUGCGCGGUGGGAUGCGGACUAUGAUGUGCGCGACCGCGCGCGCUUCCUCGCAGCCCUUCUGCGCGGGGUGCGGGAGGUCGAGGGCGAGGGUGUGGACGAGGAUGUCGGUGGGGUCACACUGCGCAGCGAACAGGCGCGCGUGGUUCUCCUUGGGAAGCGGGAAGUGACCCAGGACAUCGUGGCUGAGCCGAGCGAACUGGAGGUUGGCUCGAUGAGCCGCGUUGCUCACCACAAGCUUGGCGGGUAUGCGCCGCUCCCGGAGUGGACAGACGACCCGACAGAUGCAUCUCUGCGCGAGUCAGAGUAUGAGCGGCCCAAGCCAUCCUCGCCCCCGCGCUCCUUCGGUUCGCAGCCCAACCUCAGCUCGCAUCCAAACUUUGGCUCUCAACCCUCCGCUGCCGCCGCAAAUCUCGCAGCGCUGGCUGUGCCCCGUCGGUCAACGCCAGUUACCCCACUCGAGAGCUCGCCCGCCAGUUCUGUGCCUCACACAACGCGCGCCAAGUUCCGCGACCUGGACGAUUUCCUCAACUCAGAGGGAUCAGAUGAGGGCAGUGAGGAAGAGACGGAGAGUGAAGAGGAGACGGUACUCGAGAUUGGCGUCGCGGCGCAGCCGCGCCGCGACUUUGUUCCGGAGUACGACCCUGAGGAGUUUAAGGAGGACGAGGAGAGUUCUGACGAGACCAGCAGCGACGAAAGCGACGUAGAGGCGCCACUGUAUCGCCGUUAGAUUCAUGUCAUCACGCAUAUGCAGCAAACUAUGGGCUGUUCUUGUGCUUGAUCUCCUCGACGAUGAGGCGCUUGUAGUCCGUGACGUCGCCAUUGAACUUGUCGACGCGGCCGUUGGCGCACACAUACAGCUGUGCGGCGACGGUGUGAAUGAACGUCGAGUCGUGCGAGAUGAUAAU